CAUGGCGGCGCUCGUGAUGGAAGAUCGCAGCAUCGCUUUUCGAUAUCUUUAGUCUAUGUAAUUUAUGAUUUACAGUAACUUUUGCAGUUACUGUUGCAUCUAUUACAUUUUAAUUAUUUUUUAACAAUUUCUUCAAUGUACACUUAUUUUGCAAUAUUAUAAUACUAAAACGCGCCAAAUUUGAAUAAUUUAAAAUUUUUCUUUAGAAAAUUUCAUUUAGAUACAUAUAAUACAACUAAAUAAUUAUAAGUUUUUGUUAAUUUAACAAAUGAUUGUAAGCAUUGUAGGUACAUUUUUGGUUUAUUUAGUUUGGAAUAAAUAUUCUAACAAUGGAUAAUUGAAAUGCUCUAGAAGAAAAUAUAGUUUAUUUCAAAGUGUUGCUCAGUAACAAUUUGCAUAUAUAAUUUUAGAAUAGAGAGUGGUGUAUAGGUCAAGUUGUAGGAGAAGUGGAAUGUCAUUUUUCCAGCUGGUGUUUUUGUGGAGAAUCUGGAAAUUGCAUGAAUAUUGUCUACGUAAAAUUUAAAAUUUUAGCCAUGCCGCCGAAUAUAAAAACCAAAGUAUGGGAAAACGUUGAGGUCAACGGAGUAAUCUUCAUAUGGUAUUACAUAGAAAAUGCUUCACCCUACUGGUGGCUGAAGCAGGAAGAAGCAAUUACAAAAUACCAGCUGCAAUACCAAGGGUGUAAUGAAUUCUAUAUCAAUUGUCAUAUACAAGAUAUUCCUGAAAAUGAUGCAGAUUGGGCCCACUUGGGCAUCGUUUAUGGUCCAGCUAUGCUGCCAACAAGCAGGUUCUCCAGGUUGAUGCAUCACUCGUGGGACAACAUAAUUUGGUCCAAGAAAUCUGACAUGUAUCAAAACGAUACCACUGAUGAAUCUUUGCCAGAGCAGAGCAAAAAUUAGAAAUAGAUUGCCCAGAUCACUCUUAAUCACAGCCUGGUUCUUUUCAAUAAGUUCUCCCUCAUGCAACUCAAAGUACAGGCUUUACAAAUGGGUACAGCUUGUGUGGAAAUGCACUUAUAAAGUAGCUUAGGACCCAUGUUUAUGGUGCAGACUCUAAUGCCAGUACAACCGUUGAUUUAUCAGGUCACCCAGAUGAUGUAUGCUCCUAGUUAUAUCACCCCUUACGCAAAAAUUAUCUUAGUAGCAGAGAGGAUAAUGUUUGAGAGGGACAUACUCAUAUGGAAUUAUAAAAAGUACAUGCAUAAUCCACUGUUAGCAAAGAGAAACAGAUCAAGAUUUUUCGCAGAUGGUUUCAGCAGUUUUACUCGAAGAAUAGUCCAACAUACGACUCAUGAAAGGCCUCAUUAGAUUGGUAAAAUUUUCUGUUAUUUUUGUUUUGGGUAAAUCUACAUGAUGUAACUUAGUCUGAAAACUACUUAAUUGAAGUAAUGCUUUACUUCUCAUAUUUAUUUUGUAUUUAAUAAACACAGGGCCAUCCAGAGUUAUUUUAAUAUUUAUAGUCUCAUUUAACAACUCAAUUUAUCAUAAUAAUUCUGUAACUAGUGAACCUUUUGAAAUAAAUAAUUUAAAACAC